UGUCUCCUGCCCUCGCUCCAUCUCUUUUACUCUCACAAUGGAGCCCUGGCUCGACGACUUAGCCGACGAUCUCCAAAGCCUAAGCUUCACCUCAUGUUCCAGCGCCGCCGUAAACCGCAGCACCAGUUCGGGCUCCGCCUCUAACUCCGGGUCUUCCUCUCUCUCUCCUUCCGCUCACGGUUCCUUCUCUUCUAAACAUCUACGCUCCUGCACCCUCUCCCUCGCCGAUCUCAACUUCUCUCUUCGUCUCGGCUCCGGUGAUAUAGGCUCCGUCUACUUAGCCGAACUCAAGUCUCCUGCACCACUACCUCCCGACCCGAAUGCGGUUGACACAAACGAGAACAACAGUGACGAUAAUAGCAGAAGAAGCCAAGUCGUUUUUGCAGCCAAAGUGAUGGACAAGAAAGAGCUGGCUUCCAGGAGUAAAGAAGGGAGAGCUAGGACUGAGGUGGAAAUACUGAAAUUAUUGGACCAUCCUUUUCUACCGUCGCUUUACGCCGCUAUCGAUUCACCUAGAUGGCUCUGUUUGUUAACGGAGUUUUGUCCAGGCGGCGACCUUCACAUCCUCCGUCAACGCCAACCCCUCAAACGUUUCUCAGAAUCCUCCGUCAGGUUCUAUGCAUCUGAGAUGGUUGUAGCUCUAGAGUACCUUCACAUGUUGGGUAUCGUUUACCGUGAUCUAAAGCCUGAAAACGUGCUUGUUCGAGCAGAUGGUCACAUUAUGCUCACCGAUUUUGACCUCUCAUUAAAAUGCGACGAUUCUACGUCGACACCCCAAGUUAUUUUGGAUCGAAAACCAUCGUUUCAGGCUCCACAAACCAAGAAUACUAUUGAUCAGCCCUCUUCGUGCAUGAUUCCGAAUUGCAUAGUACCUGCAGUGUCAUGUUUCCACCCAAAACGCAAACGCAAGAGGAAGACUGUUCACCGUGGUGGGCCUGAGUUUGUGGCUGAGCCAAUUGAUGUCCGGUCCAUGUCUUUCGUGGGGACUCAUGAGUAUUUGGCACCGGAAAUUGUGUCCGGCGAGGGUCAUGGUAGCCCCGUGGAUUGGUGGACAGUGGGGGUAAUUAUGUUUGAACUGUUUUACGGGGUUACACCAUUCAAGGGCGUGGACCAUGAGUUAACCUUGGCUAACAUUGUGGCUCGAGCCCUCGAGUUCCCCAAAGAACCAGCGGUUGCCGCUGCUGCCAAGGAUCUUAUGUUGCAGCUACUGGUGAAGGAUCCUGCAAGGCGGUUAGGGUCAACAAUGGGGGCAUCAGCCAUCAAGCACCAUCCAUUCUUUCAAGGGAUCAACUGGGCAUUGCUAAGAUGCACAACCCCUCCAUACGUACCUCCACCAUUUCGUAGAGUAUCAGAUGAAAGCUGUCCAGCCACACCAGUGGACUAUUAUUAGGUGAAGAAAUGAUAUCAUUCCCAUCAAAGUUGCAUUCAACUGACAGUGACCCUAACUUAUGGGCAAAAAAUAUUAUGCAUUAAUGAUGGCAAGGCAGGAGGUGCUCCGUGAUAGCCUGUCCACUGAUCACGGAGGGGACCGGGGGAUGGGCUAACCACCUGGGCAGGAAUUGCUACUUCUUUUUGUCAUGGAUCGUAUUAGUGCCCCCACCAUGUGAAACAAGAAAUUUGGUUUGUUUCUUUUCACUGUUAAAUAGGCUUAAAGCUGUCCUGUAAUACGGACAAGUAACAGUUUCUCUAGUAGUGCUCAUAUGGAC